ACAACAUCCCUUUUUUUUUUUUACUCUGAAAACAUGCCAGCGAUGAACUAUGUCCAGAGCUAGACAGCAAGAGCCCACCUUUAAAGUCAAACUGCGACCCCAAUUCCUUUUACAAAUAUCAAGAGCCAUUCACGCUCGUUCCUUUUCUUCAUUCAAAAAUCCCAAUUCCCACCUUCUUCUACUUCAUUGAUAUCACCUUCGUCAAGUAACAUAUUGUGAAAAAAGAAGCUUGGAUUACACAUUUCCAAUUUCGUAAAUGGGUAAAGGAGGUGGGUGCGUACUGAGCAAGAAAAAGGAAGCCAUAGACGUUCCCGAUCGAGAUCGUCAAAACCCAGAGAAGGAUCAGCCUAAUUCUGGUCAAAACGGAAUCCCAAUUGCCGAAACCACAGACUCAGUUCAAGUUGGGGGCGUACGAGAUGGCGAAGGUCGAAGGAGCGUCAGGAUUUUCAUAGUGUUUUACUCAAUGUACGGUCAUGUAGAGGUAUUGGCGAGGAGGAUGAAGAGGGGGGUUGACUCCAUCGAUGGAGCUCAAGCGUUUCUGUACAGAGUUCCCGAGACGCUUUCGGAGGAGGUACUGGAACAGAUGAGGGUACCCGAUAAGGUUGACGAUGAUGAGGUACCGGUGAUGUCAUCGGCGGAGAAGCUGGAGGAGGCUAAUGGGUUGUUGUUCGGAUUCCCGACGAGGUACGGGUCAAUGGCAGCUCAGAUGAAGGCGUUCUUCGACUCGACGGGGGAGUCGUGGCGAGAACAGAGGCUCGCCGGCAUCCCUGCCGGAUUUUUUUGCAGUACCGGAACGCAGGGCGGUGGACAAGAGACGACAGCUUGGACAGCAAUUACUCAGCUGGCACACCAUGGCAUGAUCUAUGUUCCUAUUGGUUACACCUUUGGCGCAGGAAUGUUCAAGAUGGACUCCAUUAGAGGAGGCUCACCGUAUGGAGCUGGAGUCUUCUCCGGCGAUGGCACGAGGGAACCAAGUGAGACAGAGCUGGCUCUUGCCGAGCAUCAAGGCAAGUACAUGGCUGCAGUAGUCAAGAGGUUUGGUCGAUCUCAGCAUGUGAAUAAACAAGGUUAAAGACUCCACCACUAGUGUUAAUAAGUCAACGUAUGUUCUAAAUUAAUCAACCUGGUUUUUCUUCAGAUUUUGUUUGCAAUGGAUUUUAGGUAUAUAAAGCUGCUACGACGAGCCCAUUUUCCCAUCUUUAAUUUUUUUUGGAGCAUAAAUGCAUUGCUUCAGUCUUAUUGGUUUUGAUUCCAUUAUUUUGUAUCGAAUAAUGAUAGUUGUAUUGUAUGUAUAUGGUGUGAAAUAUUGUCGUCGUCAAGUGUAACAUUAUUUUCAUUUUGCUCAAGUAAAAUAUGAGUCAUAUUCUGUUUACAACAGUUAUGAACAACGACAAA